AUGGGCGCAUGUAUCGACAAGGGUGUGUUCCAUGAUGCAGUACCUCAACAAAAGCAGCCAUCCUUUAUAAAAGCCAGGCCCUCUGGGCUUGUUCUUGCGCUCACGCUGGCCAAGAACGGUAUCCCUGUCCGUAUUAUCGAGAAUCAGAAACAACCACCUGUCGGGCAACGAAGAGCUGACGAGGCUGCGCCGAUGAUUGCUAUGCGCAAAUACAAGCUCAAUAGUACCGAAUUCCUGCACAAUGCAAUUGCGGUCCCGUACCGAGAGGUCACUCUCACCAUUCCUAUCAUGGUCAACGUCAAGUUGGCGAGGCAUGUCGAGGGACGAGGGACGGAAGAAGUGGACUUACAGUUUGGGUGGAUCAUUCAAUGGGUGCUGAUGGGCCGAAGAGCCAGGGCUGAUAAUAUGCUCAUAGGAGACAUUGUCAUGCGUAUGGCAUAUUAUGUGGGGAUGCCUCCGAUCAACUUCAUGAUUGGUGGAAGGACAGUCGACCUACCCACUAGUAUUGGCGCGAGCCACGACUCUCUUCGCGAGUUUCUCAUGAAAAGCCUGGCCAGCUGGCACGGUCUAGAGUUCUGGGAAGUGAAAUGGAUGUCUCCCUACAGACCCAAUAUCCGAAUGGCCAACUCAUUUGGUUCCGGGCGGGUUUUCGUUUCCGGGGAUGCUGGUCAUGCCCAUCUCCCUACCGGAGCGCAAGGCAUGAAUUCCGGUGUACAAGAUUCGUUGAAUCUUGGCUGGAAACUAGCCCUUGUAGUCAAAGACCUUGCUCCCCACAGCCUUCUAGGGACCUACACCGAAGAACGCCUUCCCGUUAUUUCAGAGAUGCUCAACAUCUCGACGAACCUGCUGGACAAGGCCUUUAGAGGUCGCUCGGAAUACAUCAGAGACGAAAACAUCCUCCAGCUAGGAAUCAACUAUCGCUGGAGUUCCAUAGUUCUGGACGAACGGAAGUUGGACUACCUGAAGGAGACAGAGCACCGGACGCCUCUGGCGUGA